AUAGAAACCGCAACUGGUGCAGCCGUCACUGACGCGGCUGACGCCUGGGUGUAGCGCAUCCUUCGGAGCCCACCAGUCCUGGGUGCCGCCUCUGUUUCCUGGCGGGCGAAGCAAUAGGGUCGCCUCUCAGCCAGGAGCGACCUCGCAGCGCCAAAUGCGGCCGGACGGCGCGGGAAUGGAUCUGGGCGGCUGCGAAGAGAGCCUGCCGGAGGAGAGCAGGCGGGAGCACUGGCAGCUGCUGGGCAAUUUGAAGACCACUGUGGAGGGGUUGGUGUCAACCAACAGCCCCAACGUCUGGUCCAAGUAUGGUGGCCUGGAGCGGCUUUGCAGGGACAUGCAGCGCAUUCUCUACCACGGGCUCAUCCAUGACCAGCUCUGCUGCCGGCAGGCUGAUUACUGGCAGUUCGUGAAGGACAUCCGCUGGCUCAGCCCCCACCGCGCCCUGCAUGUGGAGAAGUUCAUCAGCCUGCACGAAAAUAGCCAGAGUGCUGCUGCUGGUGUGAGCGAGCACGCGGUCGCAGAGCUGUGGCUGCAGCACAGCUUGCAGUGCCACUGCCUCUCAGCCCAGCUGCGGCCCCUGCUGGGGGACAGGCAGUACAUCCGGAAAUUCUACACAGAGAGCGCCUUCCUCCUCAGCAAUGCACAUGUGACAGCAAUGCUGCAGUGCCUAGAAGCCGUGGAGCAGAACAACCCCCGCUUGCUCGCCCAGAUCGACGCAUCCAUGUUUGCCAGAAAGCACGAGAGCCCACUGCUGGUGACGAAAAGCCAGAGCCUGACUGCUCUGCCCAGUUCCACGCAUGCCUCGCUGACCAGCUGUGCUCAGCAUUCCUACUUCGGGGCCUCCUCCGGCCUGCACCAGUCCAUGCCCAGCUACAGCUCAGAGAGAAGAACCACUUCCUUUGCAUUCUCUGGCCCUCCCCAGAGACCCCAGGAAGGCCAAGGACAUCUGUCCCCAGCAGAGGAGCAAACUGCCCAGGACCCCAAGCUCUCAGACUCUGCACCAGCUUCUGAGUCCCUGUCAACCCCACAAGAGAUGAGCUCUGGGGCCCCCACCAGCCCGCUGGAGGCAUCCUGGGCCGGCAGCCAGAGUGACUCCCCAAGUGAUGGCAGUGAGGGACCCGAGUACCUGGCCAUCGGCAGUCUGGACCCCCGAGGCCGGCCCAGCAGCCGUCAGAGCUCCAGCAGCAAUGCCGGGAGCAGCAGCUCGAACCUGUUCUCCUCUGGAAGCUCCCAGAAGCCAGGUUCUGCCGCAUCUUCUUUAGGGGACCAAGAGGGCGGCAGGCAGAGCCAGCUGUCCAGUGUCCUCCGCAGGUCCAGCUUCUCAGAAGGGCAGAUACUCCCUGUCACGGGUGGGACGAAGAAGAGCCACAUCCGCUCCCACUCGGACACCAACAUCGCCACCAGAGGCACCCCAGGAGGCCCCAGGAAUAUCACCAUUAUAGUGGAAGAUCCCAUUGCAGAGGGUGACCAGUACCCAGGCUCAGGAGAGGGCAUGUUUCGGAGACCGUCGGAGGGACAGUCCCUCAUCAGCUACCUCUCCGAGCAGGACUUUGGCAGCUGUGCGGAUCUGGAAAAGGAGAAUGCCCACUUCAGCAUCUCUGAGUCCUUGAUUGCCGCCAUCGAGCUGAUGAAGUGCAACAUGAUGAACCAGUGCUUGGAGGAGGAGGUGGAAGAAGAGGACAGUGAUCGAGAGAUCCAGGAAUUGAAGCAGAAGAUCCGCCUCCGGCGCCAGCAGAUCCGCACCAAGAACCUGCAUCCCGAAUACCAGGAGUUGGAGCAUGGGAGCUUUCGGGUCACCUCCAGCAGCUCCCAGUUCAGCUCUCGGGACUCAGCACAAUUCUCUGACUCUGGCUCUGCUGAUGAGGUUGAUGAAUUUGAAAUCCAAGAUGCCAAUGUCAGAAGGAGCAUGGCCUCGAACAGCAAACCCUUCAUUUCCUCCCAGUCCUUAUCCCACUGCUGCCUGCACUCCACGUCGGCUGAGGCGGUGGCCAUGGGGCUUCUGAAACAGUUUGAGGGCAUGCAGCUUCCUGCAGCCUCAGAGCUGGAGUGGCUGGUCCCAGAGCACGAUGCCCCUCAGAAGCUCCUGCCCAUCCCCGACUCCCUGCCCAUCUCGCCAGACGACGGGCAGCACGCAGACAUCUACAAGCUACGGAUCCGUGUGCGUGGCAACCUGGAGUGGGCCCCUCCCCGGCCGCAGAUCAUUUUUAAUGUACAUCCAGCCCCGACGAGGAAGAUUGCUGUGGCCAAGCAGAAUUACCGCUGCGCAGGAUGUGGCAUCCGGACCGACCCUGAUUAUAUCAAGCGGCUGCGGUACUGUGAGUACCUAGGCAAGUACUUCUGUCAAUGCUGCCACGAAAACGCCCAGAUGGUCAUUCCCAGCCGGGUCCUGCGCAAGUGGGACUUUAGCAAGUAUUAUGUCAGCAAUUUCUCUAAGGACCUGCUCCUCAAGAUCUGGAACGACCCUCUCUUCAAUGUGCAGGACAUCAACAGCGCCCUCUACCGGAAGGUCAAGCUGCUCAACCAAGUGCGGCUGCUGCGGGUGCAGCUGUAUCACAUGAAGAACAUGUUCAAGACCUGCCGGCUGGCCAAGGAGCUUCUGGACUCCUUUGACACAGUGCCAGGUCACCUGACCGAGGACCUCCACUUGUACUCUCUGAAUGACCUGACUGCCACCAAGAAGGGGGAGCUGGGGCCGCGGCUGACUGAGCUCACACAGGCAGGGGCUGCCCACGUGGAGCGCUGCAUGCUCUGCCAAGCCAAGGGCUUCAUCUGUGAGUUCUGUCAGAAGGAGGAAGACAUCAUCUUCCCUUUCGAGCUGCAAAAGUGCCGGAUAUGUGAAGAGUGCAAAGCGUGCUACCAUAAGGCCUGCUUCAAGUCUGGACGCUGUCCCCGGUGUGAGCGGCUGCAGGCCCGGCGAGAGCUGCUGGCCAGGCACAGCCUGGAAUCCUACUUGUCGGACUACGAGGAGGAACCCGCGGAGGCCCUGAGCCUUGAAGCCACUGUCCCAGAGGGCACCUGAGGGAAGCACACGAAGCUUCUGUCUUGGAGCUCGGGUCACACAAAAUGCAGAACUGAGCCACCCUUCGAAGGAUUUUCACCCUUGGGGCUUUUUUUUUUUCUAAAUUAUUAUUUUUUUAAUGACUUGUCUGACAUCCACAUGUAGCCAAGCUCUGUUCGGCUGAUGGGUCCAGUCUGUCGUGGUAACUAACUAGUAGGCACCAGCACCUUCCAUCAGGACUGACAUGGUCUCAAGUAAAGCUUCUCAUGCCCCUGGCAGGGGAGUGGAUGUGAGACCACAUUCUGUCACCAUGGUCUUCUCCAUAGGACCAGGUCUGGUGGUAUUUCCAGUAUCGUCUCUAUUUGUUUUUAGUUUUAGAGCCUCUGAGCUGGGCCUCUCUCAACCAGCUGUCUUCUCCCUUGCUGCUGUCACAGUGGGUGGGGUUUUCUUCAUCCGGGUCCUAAAAUAGGGAGAAACACAGAGAACAAGAUUCCAUGGGGGCAUCUGUCAGGCUUGCGUAGGCACUUUGGGGGCUGUAAGAGCAGUCAUUAUUGUCCAAGCUCAGAAACCUUGAGGAGACAGAGGAGCUGUGAUGUCCCUGUACAGAGUGUUGGAGACAAACAUGGUGGCUCACACUGGCUUUCCUCACCUCCCUGGUGGGCUUGAAGCAAAGCACAGGACUGAGCCAAAGGCCCGGCCGAGGUGUAGCCUGCGCCAUAGUGUGAGUGGGGCAUGGCUGGUGUUAGGGAGAAUUUACUAAGGUGCUGCUGGGUGCAGGUGCUGGCUUUCAAGCUGAGGCGAGUCCCUGAUUCCCUAAUGGAAAGACAGAAACCUUGCUCUGCCAUGUUAAUGUGUGUCCCUUACUGCUGUGUCCUGUCUCAUGGUCAUGGUGGUUGCCCAGCUCCGUUCUCUGUCCCUGUGCCACCAAAUGGGACCCUCUCUGGUGACUGAUCUCUUGCCUUAGUUUCUUUUUUCAGAGUCAGAGAAAACCCUUCCUGCUAUUUGUAGUGUUAGAAAAUUUGACACUUUGUGGAUGUGAAUGUGAAUGUCCCUGCAUUCUUGGGAUAACGAGUCUUCACGUCAAUUAUGCACUUAGCUCUUUAUCCACCCCGGUGACAUUCAAUCAUUCAACCAUUUUCCCAUGACUCAUUUUAACAUGCUCCCCACACCCAUGUUAGUGUGAAUUUUGGUGGGAAAAGCACUUGGCUGGCGCUUAGUACAUGUUUACGGUGUCCUUGAAAUUGCUGUAACUCCUGUUAUAUGAAACACUGAUCAGGGUUGCUUCUCUGAGGGUGGCGCUCCGUGCCCUAACCUGGCAGUGUUCUGGGACUGACAAGAUGCUUAUCUUGCAAUGGUUGGUCACUGGUAGAAAGCUUUGGCCUGGGCACUGCCCCGGAAGUCACAGAAAGUCACACAUGGUUUGUGGAAGCUGAUUUGUAUCAGAGCUGGGGGAUGCAGGUGUCUCAAAGUGGAAGGGACAUUAAAGUAACAGCUACAGUGAAGCUCUGUCAUAGCGGUCUGGGUGUUAUAUCCUCUGCCCAGACCUGGGGUUGGGAGACUCUGGGCUGGAUCUCGUCCCAGCCCACGGUAAGGCUCCAAGAGCCAGGUCUCGUCCUGUCUUGAAGGACUGACUGGAAGUUCUCUCUCC